UUAAAGUUUGACGUGGCCUUGAUAUUAUAAUACUUCAAAAUGCUUGCCGUGCCCGUGGCUUAAUCUAAAUUAUCAAGGAUACAUAACUCUCUCAAAGAUCGCCUUUGGGUUUUUUCGUCCCUUUAUUAUUCUGCAUGAAGUUUUGGUUGGCGGCACACGACUUAUUGAGGAUGAAAUGGCCUGCUACUGAACAAAUUGUAUGCUAAAGUUGGUACCUUCUUUCCACCAUAGGGAUUGUUGCGAACCAGUCAAAUUAUUUGUAGUUUUUUAUUUUAAUGACCUGAUUAUUUUAUUUUUUCCCCGGUCGAGCCAGCCCAUGUUCGAGCUGUAGUACUUGACCACAGCUAGGCUCUACCACCUUAAGAAAUUCGAAGAAUAUUAAACAUCAUUAGUGAUCUUUUAAAAGACCUUUUUUCUGUUACGUUACGUCGAUGUGUAUAUAUGAAACGUUACUUUAAGUCUUAGGUUGCUAGAGUUAUUGUUAUGUCAAACAGAUUAGUGUGUGGUACUGUACUAGCUACAUGUCUGAGCUAAAUUUAUUAAAUUGAGCGACUGAAAAUAAUAAUAAAAAUAUGAUCCUGUCUCUGUUUUUAUUUGUGUGUUUUAUCUACAUAUUAAGUUUUUCGAUAAAUUGCCGAACCCGAUUAAUGUUAAAACAUCUACCUUCUUAUACCCAAAUCCCUUUUCUGGGAUCCAUGCAUAAAUUUAUUAACAUAAGUGGAAAAAAAAUAAUGCAGAGGAUUGAAGAAUUGUCAAAAAUAUCAGAUGAACAAGGCCUUCCCUUUGUCGUAUGGUUUGCUUACCUUCCUGUGAUCAUUAUAAGCAAUCCGGAUGACGCUAAAGCUGUAGCACAGACUUUUGUGGAGAAGCCUUACUUCUAUAAUUUUGGUAAAAUGUGGCUCGGGAAUGGUUUGGUUACGGCACCGGCUGCGGUUUGGAAGGAAAACAUAAAAAAAAUUGGUGGCACUUUCACCCGUUCCGUUGUGAAUAGCUAUCAGGAGGUUUACAACGCUCAGGCGCGAAGGUUAGUGGAAGAGCUGAGGGCGCAUGUCGACAAGCCUCCUUUCGAGUCAAUGCACUGUAUAGCUCAUAGAACUUUGGAAACAAUAUGCCAAACGGGGCUUGGUUUUACGGAUUUCACCGACAAUAUUGUAACUCAAGAGUAUUAUGACGCGUUCAACAGAUCCUUAGAAUUGAUCCUUUUAAGAGGUUUUAAUAUUAUCUACCACUGCGAUUGGUUAUAUCGGCUUUCGUCAGGAUAUGCUGAAAUGAAAAAACAAGUAGCGGUCUUAAAUAGCGUUUCGGAUGCUAUAAUUAAAAAGAAACUACAACAGAGACAAAAAGAAAAAAACCGCAAUCAUUCUAAUGAAUCUAUACAAGGAGGGAAGUCCAGCUUUAAAUCGUUUUUGGACAUAUUAUUAGAUUUGAGCGAGAAUGAUCCUACUCUCACGGAAUAUCAAAUCGUGUCGGAGGUGAAUACUUUGAUAGUCGGGGGCCAGGAGACGGUUGCAGUCACUUUAUUCUUCGCUUUUCUGAUGAUCGGCUGUCAUCCCGAUGUGGAAGAAAAGCUACAUGCCGAGAUAAUGAAUAUUCUGGGUGACAAGCCUGAUGUAGAUAAAGACGAUCUCUCACGAAUGGUGUACUGCGAGGCAGUCAUUUAUGAAACGUUACGAAUGUUUCCACCCAUCCCUACGGUCAUGCGGUAUGCCGACCGGGACCUUAAACUUGAUUCCUACACUAUUCCACGAGGAACGACUGUGGUGCUCAACGCUUGGGGUUCAGGACGCUCGGAGAGUCUGUGGGGGAAACAGGCAUCUCAUUUCAGACCAGAGCGAUGGCUGUAUGGCGAACCCUGCAUGUCCUCCUGCCUAGCAUUCAGCGUGAGCCGGCGCUCCUGUAUAGGGAGGAGCUACGCAAAAGCCAUCUUGAAGACUAUGCUGGCUCAUUGUGUUAGAGAAUUUAGGUUUAAUUCAGAUGCUAAAAAUUUAAAUAUAAAAAUGGAUCUAGUUCUGCGCCCCAUCAGCGGUCAUCUCUUAGAGGUGGAAUUAAGAAAUGAUUCUCAUUAGAAAAUCUAAAGAUUUUGCAUCUGUAGUUAAAUUUUUUUUUCGUGAUAAUAUUUUUUUA